GAGAGAGAGAGAGAGAGAGAGAGAGAGAGAGCGAGAGAGAGAGAGAGAGAGAGUUAGUGUUCUUAUGUUUCCAUCAACUCCACUUCCCCAUGCACUACAAGGCAAACGGCACCAUGGUAGGUAGGUUGACUCAUGUGCGCUUUAAGGCAUGUGUGUAUGUGUGUGUGUGUCUGUGUGCAUGUGUGUGUGCAUGUUUUUGUUUGUAUGUGUAUGUUGACUUACAUUAUGCUACAUUAGGUAAUGCAGUUGUUUUUGUGUGUAUAUGUUUGUGUGUUUUUUGUGUAUAUGCUGUUGUGUUUGUGUGUGUGUGUGUGUGUGUGUGUGUGUGUGUGUGUGUGUGUGUGUGUGUGUGUGCGUGUCUCACAUGUUUGUCUUUCAUUAGAAGUUAUUUGAUUUGCAUUAACCAACAUAGCCUGCUGUUAUCCUAUAAUUAUGGGACCUGGCCUUAUUAUUUAUUAAAAUAUUACAGUAAUUGCAUCGACAGGGAAAAUGUAUGAAAUGCAUUAGCCACACACUAUUGUGCUGUAAUCAUACAUAGCUGCUGAGAGAAAAGACAACAAAUAAAUAACAAUUGAGAACACAAGCGAGCACAAGAGAGAUAGAGAUAAAAAGAAAGAAAGAGAGAGAGAAAGAGAAAAAACAAAAACCCCCUUCCAGGAAAAUAUUAAGGAGAGGGCAAUGGGAGUGGCAGACAGGUCACGUCACAUCACACCCCACCGUUAAAUCCAUCUGAUGGCUUGAUUGUGAGAAAAGUUUGCAUAAAGAUGAUAAGGGGUUGGCAAUGGCCACUGGGGAAUCCAGAGGUUUGGUGGGAAAAAUAGAAAGAGAGAGAGGAUGAUAAAGAGAGAUAGAGAGAGAGGGAGGGAGGGAGGGAGGAGGAGGAGAGAUAAAUGGUCCAGGUAGGUAGUAUAUAAGGCAAUGCACAGUAACAGUUGUGUACUUUAGGUAAGCUGCAGACCCACCCCCUGCUCUGGCUCUUUCGAACGUUUGUCUGACGAAAGGAUUUUAGACUCUGCUUCACUUCCCUGUGCAGACACCACUUCACCGCAGCCACAGAGAGAGAUUGGCUUUUCAAAUAUGUUGGCGACACUAGAAACUAGCCAAUACAUCCAUGACUAUGGGCCUCAGGAGCUGUCCUCCUCCCCUAAGGGAGUGGAGGUGGACCUGGAUGUGAUUGAGGAGUACCUCCAGGAGCACUCGAUGGAGAUCUUACCCGGCGCAUGCGUGCACAGGAGCAGUGAGGAGGCACAUCAUCGCGUUGGAGAGAACAGCUGGGUUGCACACUGUGCAUAUGAGUGGCAUUAUGGCAUCCCUCCCAGAACAGAGGAAGACUGUUAUGAAGAGCAAGCCCCACAACACACCUGGUACUCCCACCCCAGCACAAGUGAAUGGGGGCAAUGCCAGUUUGUAGUGGCUGCCUGCAGUGACUCCGACUCUCAGUCGAGCAACUCUGGCUAUCUUGAGUGCCCCCCAUCAACCCCGUCUGAUAACAUCAUGGUGCGCAAAGACAGCGACCCCCUGCCCCUGGCUUCCCUAUCAGGCAAGAGGAAGGAGCGCCUGUUCCAGUUCCUGUACGAGAUGCUGGAGACUCCUGAGAUGCAGAGCUGCAUCUGGUGGGUUCAGUCGGCCAACGGCACCUUCCAGUUCUCCUCCCAAAACAAGGAGAGGCUGGCACAGAUGUGGGGGCGCCGCAAAGGGAACCGUAAGACCAUGACCUACCAGAAAAUGGCGCGGGCCUUACGCAACUACUCCCGCACUGGCGAAAUCAACAAGGUGAAGCGCAAACUAACCUAUCAGUUCACCGAGGAUACACUCAAAGGCCUUCAGCGAGAUGUUCAGUCCGUUAUGAGCAGUUAGUGUCACCCACGCAGGCCUAGAGGAUGUACAUAAAUACUGAGUAUUUGUAAAGAUAAAUUGGUUCAGGAACCUGAUUGUUUAUUACUACAGAUGCAUCUUUGUAAUUUAAGAUGAUUAUUCUGAUGGAAGUGUGUUUGUGUUUGAUUCGAAAUGUCUGGAUGAUAAAUGGGGUCGUUUUCAUGAACGGCCCGCAUUCAUUUAUGAAAUUGGUGGAAAAUCACUGGGGGUCCAUUGGCUUGUGAAUUUGUAAAUCUGAGGAUUGUUGACAAACACUGUGCUACUUUAUAAGUAGCUUUUACCUUGUUACUUUACAUAUUUGUAAAUAUGUCUGUUUGUACCGUUUUUUUUAUUAUUUUUGACCACCUUAUCCUGAAAUCAAGUAAAAUCGGAGCACCUUUUGUUGA